AUGGAAAAGCCAGAUUCAGCUGGCCCGGAGGAAUGGAGAGAAACUUGUGCCGCCCAGGCCGGGAAGGAGGAGGACGUCUGGGAAAGGAAUCUGCAGAAUGUCCAGGGUGAGGAUGCCGCAGCUUCUGAUGUACAGUAUCAGCGUUCUGUGCAGUUCCGUUACCAGGAGUCUGAGGAUGUCUCAAAGGUUUAUGACCACAGUCUUUGCCAGCUGUGGCUGAAGCCAGAAAGACACACCAAGAAGCAAAUCUUGGACCUGGUGCCAGGGUCCUUCCUAGAAGGGGCCGCAGGGACAGAGGACGUUGCAGCAGACACCGUUCAGAGAGUGCUGAUCAGGGGGAUCACGUGGGCAGGAGACCAAGAUGCCACCUUGAUUGAGGACCGAAGGAUCCACACGAUUCGUCCUGGGCCCCAGGAGAUGAUUACUGAACAGCGGAAUAAGGGCCUGGUGACAUUAGAGGAAGUGUCUGUCCAUUUCACCCGGGAGGAGUGGUCUCUGCUGGAUCCAGGCCAAAGGGCUCUGCAUACCGAAGUCAUGAUGGAGAACUGCCGGAACCUGGCCUCCCUCGUCGAACUUCUGAUUCUCGAAUCUGACCUCGCAUCAUGGCUGGAGGAAGGGGAAGAUCCAUUUGCCCAGGGACUUGAAGAAGGAGAGAGACCAUCAGGGCAGGCGAUGAAGAGUAGGUUGGGAGAGCAGAGAAGAGAAACUGAAGUAAGCCAGAUCUGGAGGAAAAAAUCCAUUGCUCCUGAAAGUGUCAGUUUUCCAGAAAUUUUAAAUGAAGAACCGCUCCCUCAGUGUGCAAAUCUUUUACCUGCCAUAGAACAUAUGAGCACCUAUCAAAACAUCUAUUAUGAUAAGAUAUGGCCAGACCAUGGAGAAAGCUUCAGUCAGCACCCUAGACUUACUUCCUGUCACCCGAUGCCCUCUGUGGAGAAGCUGCAGAGAUGCUCCAAAUACAGAAAGAGCUUCCGGAAGACAAGCCAGUUCAUUAAUCGGCAAAGAGUGCAGCGAAUGCACCUCAUUUCUCCUCACAGAGGGGCAAAACCGUAUAAGUGCUUUGAAUGUGGAAAGAGCUUCAGUCACAGCAUGAGCCUCAGUAACCACCAGAGAAUCCACACGGGGGCAAAACCGUACCAGUGCUCAGAGUGUGGGAGGUGCUUCAGUCAGAGCUCACACCUUUCGAGACAUCGAAAACUGCACGUAGGUCUGAAACCAUACAAAUGCUCAGGAUGUGGGAAGAGUUUUGGCCGGAGAUCGCACCUUUCAAGGCACGAAAAACUGCAUGUAGGACUGAAGCCGUAUAUAUGCUCAGAAUGUGGCGAGGGCUUCUGGCGGAGCUCCCACCUUACUCGACACCACAAGUUGCAUAUAGGGCUAAAGCCCUACCCGUGCUCAGUGUGCGGAAAGAGCUUCAGUCGGAGCUCUAGCUGUGCUUCCCAUCAGAGAAUCCACACGGGGGAGAAACCCUACAAAUGCUCUGACUGUGGAAAGAGCUUUGCUCAGAGCAGCUACCUUUCUAGACAUCGGAAACUGCAUGUAGGACUGAAACCAUAUAAAUGCUCAGAGUGCGGGAAAAGCUUCAGCCGCAGCUCACACCUUACAGUACAUCAAAGAACCCACACCGGGGAGAAACCGUAUGAGUGCUCGAUAUGCGGGAAGAGCUUCAGUCAUAACUCAGGCCUCGCUUGCCAUGAAAGAAUUCACACCGGGGAGAAACCGUAUCAGUGCUCAGAGUGUGGGAGGAGCUUCCGUGAGUACUCAAACCUCGCUUCCCAUCAAAGAGUACAUACUGGAGAGAAACCAUAUCAGUGCUUAGAGUGUGGGAAAUGCUUCACUCAGAAUACAAGUCUUACUUGCCAUCAGAGAAUCCACACAAGGGAGAAGCCAUACGUAUGCUCAGACUGUGGAAAGAGCUUCAAUCACAAAGGAAAUCUUGUUAACCAUCAAAGGUUGCACACAGGAGAGAAACCAUAUGAAUGCUCAGAAUGCGGAAGGAGCUUCAGCCAGAAGGGAAGUCUUAUUGGUCACCAAAGAAUCCACACAGGAGAGAAACCAUAUCAAUGCUCUGAGUGUGGGAAGAGCUUCAGACUUGGAUCAAGCUUCACUUCCCACCAAAGAGUCCACACAGCAGAGAAACCAUAUAAAUGCUCAGUGUGUGAAAAGAGCUUCAGCCAGAAAGGUAGUCUCCUUGUGCACCAAAGAAUCCACAAAUGGGAGAAGCCUUUUGAAUGCUCAGAGUGUGGGAAGAGAUUCAGUCGCAGUGGCCAUCUUCAAACUCAUCUAAGAACCCACACAGGGGAGAAACCUUUUGAAUGCUCAGAGUGUUGGAAGAGUUUCAGUGAGAGUAGCAGUCUUCAAAAACAUCUAAGAACCCAUACAGGGGAAAAGCCUUUUGAAUGCUCAGAGUGUCGAAAGAGAUUCAGUCGCAGUGGCACCCUUCAAGAACAUCUAAGAACCCACACAGGGGAGAAGCCUUUUGAAUGCUUGGAGUGUGGGAAGAGAUUCCGUUGCAGUGGCCAUCUUCAUUGUCAUCUAAAAACCCACACAGGGGAGAAGCCUUUUGAAUGCUCAGAGUGUCAGAAGAGAUUCAGUCGCAGUGGCCAUCUUCAAACUCAUCUAAGAACCCACACAGGGGAGAAGCCUUUUGAAUGCUCAGAGUGUGGGAAGAGAUUCAGUAACAAUAGCACUCUUCAACAACAUCGAAGAACCCACACAGGGGAGAAGUGUUUUGAAUGCUCAGAGUGUGGGAAGAUAUUCAGUCACAGUGGCACUUUUCAAAAACAUCUAAGAACCCAUACAGGAGAGAAGCCUUUUGAAUGCUCUGAGUGUGGGAAGAGAUUUAGUCGCAGUGGCAGUCUUCAAGAACAUGUAAGAACCCACACAGGGGAGAAGCCUUUUGAAUGCUCAGAGUGUGGGAAGAGGUUCAGUCAGAGUAGCCAUCUUCAGCAUCAUGUUAGAACCCACACAGGGGAGAAGCCUUUUGAAUGCUCAGAAUGUGGGAAGAGAUUCAGUCGCAGUGACACUCUUCAAAAACAUCAAAGAACCCACACGGGGGAGAAGCCUUUUGAAUGCUCAGAGUGUGGGAAGAGAUUCAGUCGCAGUGACUCUCUUCAAAGACAUCAAAGAACCCACAUGGGGGAGAAGCCAAGGACCCUUAACCCUCAAAAUGGAGACCUCGACCUCCAGCUCCCCCUCCAGAUUUAG